AUGGAGGUUCAACAUCCAGCUCGUCACUCGGGACCGUCCAAUGAAGAAGAGGGUGUCGUUGUUGUUGUUGAUUGGUCAGGUCCAGAUGACCCCGAGAACCCGUUUAAUUGGCCCACGAGGCGGAAAUGGCUAGCCACCAGUCUCGCUUUAUUGGCAACGUUUAGUUGCAUCAUUAAUGGCUCCAUCAUCACGACGGCCCAUUUGGAGAUUGAUGCAGACUUUCACAUCAACGAGUCCCUGUUUCCGCAUUCCUACUGGCCCGUGACGUCGUGGGCUCUGGGCGGCGCCCUCUUCUCUUUGGCCCUGCUGCCCCUGAUGGAGGAUUUUGGCGUACGACCGGCUUUUCUCUUGACGUACUUUAUUUUUACGUGUUUCCUCAUACCCAUUGGCUUUGCCCGCAACUUUGCGACCUUGGUCAUUUGUCGCUUCUUUAGCGGUGGUUGUGCCUCCUUGCUCGCCAACACGGCCGCUGGCGUGGCGUCCAAUUUGUUCGACGGGUAUCGAGAGAGGACGAUUCCCAUGAGCUCAUACAUUGUAUUUUACAUGUGUGGGAGCAGUCUGGGCCCUGUAAUUGGUGCUGUUAUCUUGCAGUACCUGCCCUGGAGGUGGACGGGCCAUAUCGAAACAAUAUGGACGGCGGCGCUUUUCCCACUCUUCCUCGUUGCCAUGCCCGAGUCACGAGGAUCCGUCAUUUUGGAACAGCGCGCAAAGAGGUUGCGUCGGCAAGGCAAGAAUGCCUAUACGAGAGAAGAGCUGCAGCGCACGCCGGUGCUCGACAUCAUCAAGCGCAGCGUGCAGCGGCCCUUGUACAUGCUGGCCAACGAGCCGGUUCUCGUUGUCGCUACGCUGUGGUCGGCCUUUAGCUUUGGCGUCAUUUACCUCUUUACCCAAUCGGUGGAGCUCGUCUUUACCAGCUUGUAUGGGUGGGACGCUAUUCAAGCAGGCUACGUCCAAGUCUCUCUUGUCGUGGGCGAGGUGCUCGGUUGGCUCUUCUGCCUGAGUACCGACCACUGGUAUUAUUCAUCGGUCCGGCGCAACACCGAGUCGCCAAACACGCCAAUCCCCGAGGCCCGGCUAUACUCGGCCAUAUUGGGCGGCUUCGUCGGAGUCUCGGGCGGCAUGUUUGUCUAUGCGUGGACUUCCUUUUCGAGCGUCACUUGGGGAGCGCCCGUGGUCGGUCUCGUCAUGGUUGGAGCUGGAUCCACCGUUGUGGUGGUGGGCAUCUCCCAUUACGUCGUUGAUGCCUACACGGUAUACGCGGGCAGCGCAAUCGGCGCCGUUGUCUUGGGCGAGAAUACCUUUAUUGGUCUACUGCCACUCGCGGCUCAGAGCAUGUACACGACGCUGGGGUUUCCUCUGGCGAGUACAGUUUUGGGCAUUAUAUCAGCAAUUUUGGCUGCCACUCCUAUUGCACUUUUGUUUUGGGGACCACAGAUUAGAGCGCGCAGUCGCUUUAUGCAAUCUGGCAAAGUGUUGGGGAACGACUCAUUUGCCACUGCGGAAAGUAUCCCAAGAGUUUGA